CGAGACAUGACGAUAAACUGCGCUCCUCUUUCCUUAGCACUUUUGGAGCUCAAAAGUGCCCUACUUCUUUUCUAUCAUUGUGUCUGCCUCCUCUUUUCCUAAGUCUGCCUUCAUUGAUCAUCACACUGUCUCCUUAACUUUAAAUUCUCACUACGUCCUAGACCAGUCCGUUUGCCGUGGACUGCGACGGGUAAGGGGGGAUAAAGAGAUCCUGGUGUUUGAGUGGUGGCUAUCUGAGGAUAAACCACAACAACACAAUACUUUGGCUCCAAGUUCCCCUAGACCUGAGACCCAGAUGGCCCGCUCUGGGUCAACCGGCUGGUCAUGCCGAGCUACCAGCAUAGGUCAUCGACCUAUGCUGGAGGGCGGUGGCUGGAGGGUCACUCAGAAGAUAUUCAAUCCUACAUUAUAGAGAGAAAUCCUACUGAUAUACAGACAUUAACCAAGAUCAUCAGACAAUAUAGAGCAGCCUAUCCAAACAAGUCAGUCAAACCAUCUGUUGAAGAAAAUUUUGUCUGCUUUGCUCAAGACAAAAAUGCAAGAUAUAACUCAGAUGACAAAGUCAAAUGCAACAAAUGUCAUAAACUAGGGCAUUUCACGUCUCAAUGCCGCAGCAGAACCACAGAAUGUUCAUAUUGCCAUAAAAGGGUCACCAAACUCAUGAAUGUUGGAAAAAAACAGGCAGUCUCCAAAAAUCAAAAUUUUGAUAGACCCACAUCACCAACUCAAAGAUACAGCAAUAGAGAGCAAUACAAUCUCAACAAAGCACCUAGAAAUAAUAAACCAGAUAACAACAAACCUCGCUACAGAAGUCAUUCACAGGACUCCAGACCACAAUAUAUGCCAAACAGAAGCUAUUACAAUGAGCACUCAACUAUGACAGUCAUUGCAAAGUCCAAUGGUCUCAAAUUUUAUCCAGGCUUUGUAGGAGACAAGAAGGUGGAAGUUCUUCGUGACACCGGAAGCACGUCCACAUUAGUACAUGAACGCUUCGUACACGCAAACCGUUUCACAGGCAACCACGUCCAAGCCACUGCCUUCAACGGAACUGUCAGCAAGUUACCUGAAGCCAUCAUUUAUGUUACUACACCAUUCUUCAGUGGUCAAACAAAAGAAUUAGUAACACCCAAUCUACCAGUGGACCUAAUCAUUGGAAACAUAGAGGGAGUUAAAGAAUGCACUCCUCAAGAACUUGCUGAAUGUACAAAUGCCAUAGAGCAAGGUCAAAAAUGUUUGGCAGUAAUGACAAGAUCCAUGUCCAGACAACAAGAACAUUUGGCACCUGAACAAGUUAGCCAAAAUAAUCACAUGGCUACCUCAGUUACUCAAGUUAUGCAGAAUGCAACAGAACCAGUUACUAGUCCAGUAGCCAGCAACAAUCAAGAACAUUCAACAUGGACACCCCCAGUUACAUCAAGCCCAUCCCUACCGGUCAUAAGUCCACCUCCAAUUCCCGAAUGUCCAUUGUUGAACUUUGAAGAACAAGACAAGUCUCAUGAACCAGAAGCAGAUACUUAUAUUCAAUCAACUUUGGCUAUACCAGACAAAAGAAAAACUAUGCAACUUGACUCUAACACUCAUACAAGUAUUCCUCAUUUGAAAGAAUGUGAGUCAACUCAAGAAGCCAUUACAACCAAGAACAUUGAAAGUCAAAGAAUAUUACAUGAACACAUGAAAUCAAGAUAUUUUGCUCAAGGAGAUCAAGUCAAUUUACUGUUACCAGAUUGGAGUAACAAGCUAUUCUACAAAUGGCAAGGUCCAUUUACCAUCACCAGAAAGAUUUCCAACCUGCUUUAUGAAAUCAAUGUCAACAAGGUUACCAAAGUAUUUCAUGUUCAUAUGUUUGAACAUUACCAUGAAACAGAUAAUGAAGACAUCAAAGCAGAAGUUGAUAAUUUUACAAGCUUAGCAACUAUUCCUGAGGAAGAAGAAACAUCAUCAACACCCAUUCCUGAGAUAGAUGUUUCAUUACCAGCAUCAAAUCAAAUUGACAUUCCAAAGGUCAUCACUCUGGAUGACAUAGCACUACAGCGAGUGAAGGACACUAAAGUGUUUACAGACCAUGCAGAUUUCUUUACCGGUGUUUCUGAAACAUUUCCAGUACUGCAAUUUGAAAACAACUCAGAGAGCAACAACAUUGACAACACCAAGUUGCAUCCUCCUUCUACUCAAGGGGCAACUUUUCUUCAGAAAGGAACAAAUGAACUUCUUCAACAUUGCUGUAUUGACCGAUUGAACUCAGACAUGUUCAGUCAUUGCUCUAUUGAACAUUCUAAUGCAAAGCAUUCUGCUACCAUUGUUCUACAGCAUCAAAGUUCAUCAACCAGAAAAUUGAGUUUUGGUUUCGGACAGUUCUUAUUUUCACCAAACUCAAACGCGGUUCAAUCAGACAUUAUCUGUGAGAUCAUUAUGACAUGGAGACAACAGCUUCAUAAACUGAAAGACCUUUUCUUCAAGUUUAGAAAACGCACAUGCACAUCCAUGUCGGCAAUUCAAAAGGGUUCCGAACUUUACAUUUCUACUCUACAUAUGUACUAUAGCAUAUUUAGUGUCACUUGAUCCACUAUCAUUCAUACUCGUCAAGGAAGAACAGUAUUCAGUUGUACUUAAUCAAUUAAUUUGUCUACUCAUUUUUUCCACAGGUAUUCUAUAUCAUAUGUUACAUUUAUUUUUAGCACCAAGCAACCCACUGAGGAAGGUCACUCAUUCAAGAUACUUUUUUAAUUAUGUUUCAGCAUCUUUGCAUGUGACAUGCAUUAGUCAUUUUAAUUUUUAAAUCUUGUACAUUUUAUUUCAGGUAUUUUAUUUCAGGUAUAUUAUUAUUGCAUAUAUCCUAUUAUAAUAGUACAGAUACAUGACAGACAAUUGGAAUUUUUCAUUGCUUCACACAUGUUGAGAUUUAUUUCACAUUGAGUAUUAUUAUUUAGAAGAUUGGUCACAUUGAAUAUUAUUUUCUCAGAAGAUUGUCAU